AUGGAGCGUCUACAAACAAAGAGGAGCUUGGCGCGCGUCGACCUGCAGAAGCUGAGCGAUGAGCUUAUGCUGCUGAAGACAACCGAUGACCUGGAACCGGAGCACGAGGACCGCAUCGCGGAAAUAAGAGCUGAAUUGGAGGUCAUCGCCAAAGAUCUGAAGCAUCAAGACGCGCUCAUCGACCCGCAUGUCAGCGACGACGACUUCGCCGAGGAGUGCGCGGGAGUGCGGAAGUACCAGGCGCUCAUUACACGUAUGCGGACCCGUCUGGAGCGCUUGCAACGAAAGAGCCUGUCUGGUGGAAGUACGGUGAACGGAAGUACACCGGCCUUAUCGUCCACCAGCAGCGCAGGCCCCCUCAAGCUACCGAAACUGGAACUUCAAAAGUUCAAUGGCGACCGAGUUGGCUGGCAGCCGUUUUGGGAGCAAUUUCGACAGGCUGUCCAUGAAAACUGCAGCCUUUCGAACAUCGAGCGAUUCUUAUACCUGCGUGCGGUGCUGACGGGCAAGGCGGCUGCAGCAGUGAGUGACAUCCAGGCCAGUGAACAGAACUACGACUACGCCAUAAAGACUCUGAAGGAGCGUUUCGGCCGACAGGACGUGCUCGCGCAGGAGCACCUCACGCAGCUGUUGAAUCUGCAGACAGUUAAACGGCUGGAUGACGUUAACGCGCUCCGUCGCCUGCACGACGACGUCCAGAGAAACGUCGCAGGGCUGAAGAAUUUGGGUGUUCAACCGGACACAUAUGGUGCGAUGCUGUGUGCGGUUUUGUUUCGUGUGCUGCCCACCGAGUGGGCUGUUGAGUUUCACAAGACCCACGCAACGGACAAGGAUGUGCUCGACAGCUCAACUCUAGAUGCGAUUCUUGGCUCACUUCGCCUGGAACUCGACAGCCGUGAAAGGGCCCACGCAGGCCACACACAAGCUCCACAUGAGCCGGAUAAGAGUCGCCCUCCGAAAGAUCAGCAUCCGGAUUGCAUCAAAGGAAAGGGUUCUGCCGCCAGCCUUAAAGUGAGUGUGCAACACGAGAAUGAAAAGUGCCCCUUUUGUGAUUCUCCCUCACAUGACGCGGCUGAAUGCACUGCUCCAAUACCGAUAAAGGAAAAGAAGAUGAGGCUACGGAACGCGGGGAGGUGCUACCGUUGCGCGAAAAGAGGGCAUAUGAUGAAAGCGUGCAGAAAUUGGACAAUCCGGUGCGCGAAAUGUGGUCGUCGCCACAUUACCCCCCUCUGCGACCCUCCCGUGCCAUCUUCUGACCCGAAGACCGCUGCGGAGCUCCACUCGACGGCUUCGCUGAGCAACAGCAGCAAGAAUUCGGUUCUUCUGCAAACGGCGCAAGUAUGGGUCGACGGUCCCUGCCGAAAGCGCCUGGCGCGCUGUCUAUUUGAUGGGGGCAGCGAGCGCUCAUUCGUCACCGAGAGCCUCUCUCGAGAACUGAACCUGGAGGUGAUCGGUGACGAAGAGGUGACUAUCUAUCCGUUCGGUGGGGCCGCUAACGUCAUGAAGAGCAAGCGACGCCUAGUUCGAGUGUGGCUUCGGAGCCAGUACAGCCGCAAGGAGCAUUGCGUUGAGGCGCUCGAGGUCGAGGAGAUCUGCUCCGACAAACUGGUACUACCAAGCGACGUGCAUCACCUCCCCGGAGUAGCUGCUCUACAGUUGGCAGACGUGGCGAUAUCACCGACCCGCGGUGACCGCAGCGACAUUGAGAUACUCAUUGGAGCCGACAGCUAUUGGCGUAUAGUGAGCGGUGAAGUGAGAGCUAUUGAGGGAGCGCUGGUCGCGCUGAACACUGACUUUGGAUGGACUCUGCAGGGCCCAAUUCCGCAGGCGGCCUCGACCGUGUGUUGCUCGACGGUGGCCGUCCUACGCACCGGGGUGGUGGAGCCGGCGUCCAGCCUUUCCAACGAGCUCCGAGCCUUCUGGGAAUUAGAGAGCCUCGGCAUCUCGACGAAGGACGGCCCAUCGGGAGACGACGAACACGUGAGGCACGAUUUUGUUCAUUCAUUGAGCUUUAUCAACGGCCGCUACGAGGCAAGCCUCCCUUGGAAGCCAUUAGACCGGCCUUUGGAAACUAACGAGGCAGUUGCAAGACAGCGCCUAAACAAGUUGCUUCGCCGCCUGAAGCCAAACAAUGAGAGGCUCUCUGAGUAUGACAAAACCAUCCGGAGUUAUCUAGAAGAAGGCUUCGCCGAAAGGGUUCCGGCAAACGAGAUCAAAAACGGAGCCCAGAUUUACUACAUGCCGCACCGGGCAGUUCUACGACCUGGCAGCUCUACGACCAAAGUGCGAAUUGUGUUCGACGCCUCCGCGAAAGCGCAUGGUUGUAUGUCCCUUAACGACGCACUAGUGACCGGCCCGAGCCUAAACCCAGACCUGCUGCAGCUGCUUCUUAACUUCCGGUGUCAUGCCAUUGCGAUCACAGCGGACAUUGAGAAAGCUUUCCUUCAGAUUGGGGUAAACCCUGAGGACCGCGACGCACUCCGCUUUCUGUGGUUCCGUGACCCGCCAAACGAGCAAACGACAGGCGAUGAAAUUGAGGUGUGGCGCAUGACGCGAAUCCCGUUUGGCGCAACAAGCAGCCCCUUCAUACUGGCCGCCACUAUUCGACACCAUCUCGAUGGUGUCGGCGCUGCUCUCUCAGACACUGCCAAUGUGCUAGAGAAGUGUCUCUAUGUCGACGACCUAAUUACGGGCGUUGACAACGUGCAAGAGGCCACUACCUUCUACGAGAAAGCACUGCAGAUCAUGAGCUCUGCUGGAAUGAAGCUAAGGAAGUGGAGCUCCAACAGCGACACACUGCAACAGCGAUUCAUUUCCGAUGGAGUCGAGAAUCCGUGUAGUGUCAGUGAGGCCGCGACGUCAGAAAUGACACCUGUGCUAGGGCUCGAGUGGAACAGGGAGAGCGACGAGCUGCGGUAUCCGCUCAGAACUGUGUUGGAGCUGGUCAGCGUAAACCGAAACACCAAGAGAUUUGUACUGCAGGCGUCAGCAAGGAUAUUUGAUCCUCUUGGUCUUCUUGGCCCAGUCACCAUCACAGCCAAGAUGCUAGUUCAAGAGCUCUGGACACUUGGAUUAGAAUGGGACGCACUGCUACCGCCAGGUGUGAGUGAGAGGUGGGAAAAGUGGAUCGAUAAUCUGCACCACCUCACUGCUAUUACCCUUCCCCGUCGUUACGCUUGCCACAUGGAAGCCGCCGAGUUGCACAUAUUUACAGACGCAAGUCCGCGCGCUUAUGGGGCGGUCGCAUACCUGCGCGGCGAGAGAGAUGGGAAGACCACCGUGAGCCUCAUCCUGGCAAAGACACGCGUGGCGCCACUGAAAACGCUCUCGCUCCCACGGUUGGAGCUCCUCGGGACCGUGUUGGGCGCUCGAAUGUGCGCCAAUUUGAGGGAAGCCCUGGGUGAGGGCCUCUCUAGGGUGACCCUUUGGACAGACUCUAUGAUUGCUCUGCACUGGAUAAGAGGCUCAGCUACUCAAUGGAAGCCUUUCGUGGCGAACCGCGUGCUAGAAAUCCAAAGGCUGGUUGAUCCGAGCGACUGGCGACAUUGCCCGGGCGGAGACAAUCCAGCGGAUCUGAUCACCAGAGGCGUCCCUCCGGAGGCUUUGAAGGCAUGCGAGAAAUGGUGGAGAGGACCGACAUGGCUGUCUCAGGCAUCGACAACAUGGCCUUGCGUAGUUGCUGACGUUCCUGCAGAAAUCAUCCACGAAAAGCGAAGGUUGACCAAGACGGCAGUGGGUAGUGUCUCCGCGACUGCCCUCCCACUUCUCAUAGACAUCGAGCGCUUCAGCGACUUGAAUCGUUUGUUACGAGUGACAUCUUGGGUGCGUCGGUUCACGCAUAACUGCAAACACGGCGCCCAGAGGCGAAAUGGCGCGCUCAGUGCUGAAGAAAUUCGGGAAGCGCGGGAUCUUCUGACCCGGCAGGUGCAGAGAGAAGCGUUCGGUGACGCACGGAGCAACGUUGAGUCAAACGGCCGCCUCAAACAACAGCCAGACCUCAAAAGUUUGGAACUGUUCAUCGAUGACAGCGGAUUGUUGCGGCUAAAGGGGCGUUUGCAGAAAUCGAAUUUGGCCUAUGAAACGGCGCACCCCAUCGUCCUGCCCGCAUCACAUCACUUCGGGGAGCUCCUGAUACGGAACGAACACCGGCGGCUGCUGCAUGCUGGCUGUUUGGACACAUUGACGCAGUUAAGAGAGACAUUUUGGAUCGUUCGAGCUCGACAGGCAGUAAAGAAGGUGUUGAACCGUUGUUUUGUGUGCAAGAAGAUGAGCAGCAAGGCUGCAACGCAGCCUGUCGCGCCACUACCUAGAGACAGGGUAUCUGAAGCGGCACCUUUCAUGGUAUCGGGCCUCGACUUCGCCGGACCAGUGCUCACGAAAACGGAUGGCAAGAUACAGAAGUCCUACAUCUUGCUACUCACAUGCGCUGUCACCAGAGCGAUCCAUUUGGAAACAGUCACCGACCUGUCCACGGGGUCCUUCCUUUUGGCUUUUCGCCGCUUUGUGGCGCGGCGCGGACUCUGCCGCACCAUUUAUUCUGACAAUGCUAAAACCUUCCACCGUGCGGCAGGUGAGCUGAAAAGGCUGUGGAAAGCGGCACGCGACCAAGAAGCGCUCUACUAUUUGUCUCAGCAGGGAAUCGAGUGGAAAUUCAAUGUGGAAAGAGCCCCCUGGUGGGGAGGUUUUUGGGAGAGAAUGGUGCGCUCAACGAAGACCUCAUUGAAGAAAGUGCUUGGGUGCAGCUACGUAACGUUUGAGGAACUCUGCACUAUCCUGACGGACAUUGAGGCGGUGCAUCCCCGCCUCUUCCAAAAUACUGAAGCAAUCGUUGACGACUUGCUGUGCUUCGUCUUUGCUCUGUGCUCCGAUGACCAAAUCAUCUACAUAGAAAUGAUCCUUCAACAGUUUGGCAGUCGAAGGGUACUUGUCUUCCACGAGUUGAAAGUGGUGUCGCAGAGUUGCCGCUAG